GAGGAUUAUGGUCUUAUCUUUCAGGUCAUGCAGAAGGAUUUUGUAUGAUGUGUACAAUGCAAGCACAUAUCACUCAGGCACUCAGUAAUCCUGGGGAUGUUAUUAAGCCGAUGUUUGUCAUUAAUGAGAUGCGGCGUAUAGCUAGGCACUUCCGCUUUGGAAACCAAGAAGAUGCCCACGAAUUCCUUCAAUACACUGUUGAUGCUAUGCAAAAAGCAUGCUUGAAUGGCAGCAAUAAAUUAGACAGACACACCCAGGCUACCACCCUCGUUUGUCAGAUAUUUGGAGGAUACCUAAGAUCUAGAGUCAAGUGUUUAAAUUGCAAAGGUGUCUCAGAUACGUUCGAUCCAUAUCUUGAUAUAACGUUGGAGAUAAAGGCCGCUCAGAGCGUGAACAAGGCACUGGAGCAGUUUGUGAAGCCAGAGCAGCUCGACGGGGAAAACUCUUACAAGUGCAGCAAGUGUAAAAAGAUGGUUCCAGCUUCAAAGAGGUUCACUAUACACAGAUCCUCUAAUGUUCUUACACUUUCUCUGAAACGUUUUGCAAAUUUUACUGGUGGAAAAAUUGCUAAGGAUGUGAAAUAUCCUGAAUACCUUGAUAUUCGACCAUACAUGUCUCAACCAAACGGAGAACCGAUUAUCUAUGUUCUGUACGCAGUGCUGGUACACACCGGCUUUAACUGCCACGCCGGCCAUUACUUCUGCUACAUCAAAGCUAGCAAUGGUCUCUGGUAUCAAAUGAAUGACUCCAUCGUGUCUACCAGUGAUAUUAGAUCGGUACUCAGUCAACAAGCUUAUGUUCUCUUUUAUAUCAGGUCCCACGAUGUGAAAAAUGGAGGUGAACUCACUCAUCCCACUCACAGCCCUGGCCAGUCCUCGCCCCGACCCGUGAUCAGCCAGCGCGUUGUCAACAACAAACAGGCCGCGUCAGGCUUUAUCGGACCACAGCUCCCCUCUCACGUGAUAAAGAACCCACCUCACUUAAAUGGGACCGGGCCAUUGAAAGAAGCACCAAGCAGUUCCAUGUCGAGUCCUAGUGGAAAUUCCAGUGUCAGCCGGGCUGGUUCUGUUAAUGCUUCGACUUCUGUUCAAAACUGGUCCGUUAACAGGCCCUCAGUGAUUCCAGAACAUCCCAAGAAACAAAAAAUCACGAUCAGUAUUCACAACAAGUUACCUGUUCGCCAAGGCCAGUCUCAGCCUAACCUUCACAGCGGUUCUUUGGAGAACCCAGCCAAGCCUGUUCCCUCUUCUACCGUUACCAAUUCUUCUGCAAUACAGUCUACCUCGAGCGCACCUACAACGGCAGUUUCUAGUAAAGUCACAAAGCAGAUGACCCCGAGCGAGUCCUGUUCCAAGCCGGUGAUGAACGGCAAGUCCAAGCUGAACUCCAGUGUCCUGGUACCCUAUGGCGCCGAGUCGUCCGAAGAGUCUGACGAGGAGGCGAAGGGCCUAGGCAAGGAGAAUGGUCUCGGUACGAUCGAGAGCUCGAACUCUUCUGUGCAGGAUGCAGAAGAUGACGAGGCCUCUCCGCUCGAGCUUCACGAGCCCCUUGCCCUAAAUGGUGCUGACAGUAUGGACAGCGACCUGAAGGAAAACGGUCUGUCUUGUGAUGGUGCCAGUUGCCAAGUCCCGCCUGCUCUACCCGCAGAAAAUCCCUUUGCUAAGGUGAAUGGCCUGCCCGGAAAGUUGAUGCCCGCUCCUCUGCCGCCUCCCCCAGAAGACAAAAUCUUAGAGACUUGCAAACUCAGCAACAAAGGGAAAGGCUCGACAGAAGAAACCAGCAUGCCUGGAACAGAGGACGGUCCUGCGGAGGAUCCCGGCGCAGAGCGGGAGGCCGGCAGUCCGUCUCCCGAGUCCCGUGAGAAACUGGAGACCCUCACGAGCCUUAGCAGCAAGUUAAAGAAGGCUUUGCCACCCUUAGACCCCAGCAUCAAAUCUACCAAAGAAGAAGUCUCAGAAAACGUUUUAGCAAAACCCGAGGAGUCUUUGCCCAGUGCCGACACUCUUCACAGCAGUACUAAGAACACCACGGGGGACGAUGGGCUCCCUAAACUGUGUGGCCCCGGGGAUUUAACAGGUGACAAGAGCAGACCGCCCCAGGCCGUACCGGGGGCGGUAGUAGAGAGCCCACGGGCCUCAGCUGCAGUGGACACAGCGGGGAGUUCAAGCCCAAGUCCCCCCGUACGCUCCGAGGGUGCCUGUGAGCACGAACUCUUAGUCUACAUCAGUCGAGACGCGUGCACGGACUUGGAGGACCGUCCUCGGAGCACAGGUGCGGCUGCGGAGGCCUCGCCCUCUCCUCAAGUAGACAAGGUCACAGAACAUCAUUCAGAAGGGGGCCCCGAACAAAGUAACGGGGAGAAAUGUGAAGAAAAUAAGGUGGGACAAAAAGUUCCAGAUCAUUCUCCAGUUAAGGAAAAAAUCAGCAUCCUCAGAAAAGUCGAUCGAGGGCAUUACCGCACCCGGAGAGACCGUUCCUCGAGCGGGGAGCGCGCGAGGGAGAGCAGGAGCCGGACCGGGGAACGCUGCCGCGGGAAGCGGCGCUCGUCCGUGCGGGAGCGGGCCAAGCGGGAGCGCCCCAGGACGGAGCACUGCGGCGGGGGCCCGCACCCCCCCGGCCACAGCGAGAGGCUCAGCCCCGGCGAGCCCCGCUCCCUGGGCAGGUACGGCCACCGCCACUCCCGCAGCAGAGGCGGGUCGGACCAGGAGUGGGGCCGGUACCUGCACUCGGAGAGCGAGCACUCCUGGGGCCGGGAGAAGUACUACCCGGACAGGCCGCGGUGGGACAAAUGCAGGUAUUACCACGACAGGUACGCCCCGUACACAGCCAGGGAGGCGCGCGAGUGGAAGCCCUUCCACGGCGCCCGCGACUACGCCAAGGCGGGCCCGUCCGGCGGCCGGCCCUGCAGGGACUACUAUAGGGGCAGGAAGGGCUACGAGCUGCUCGCCAAGGGCCGGGACCGGCACCGCUUCGGCAGCCCCCGGGCAGGCCCACCCCACGCCCUCCUCCCGUACCCCGAGAAGUACCCCCACGAGAAAAUUGCACUUGUAGCCGAAGACACCAAUUGUAACCUCGCCGAUCGGUUUCACGAACACGAGAACGCCAAGUCCCGGAAACGGAGAUACGACAGCAUGGAGAACAGCGACGGUCAUGUCGAGAAGAAGGCCUGGAGGAGCUUCCAGAAGGAUCCCUUGGAAGAGCCUAAAGUGAAGAAGCACAAAAAAUCAAAGAAGAAAAAGAAAUCCAAAGACAAACACCGAGGCCGCGAUUCCAGGCGUCAGCAGGACUCCGAUCUGUCAGUAGCGUGCUCCGACGCUGAUCUCCACAGACACAAAAAAAAGAAGAAGAAAAAGAAGAGGCACUCCAGGAGAUCCGAGGACUUGGUUAAAGACUCAGAACCGCACCUGCCCAAGGCCGCCAGCCAUGAGACUGUUGACCGUUUCCGGAGAACUGACGGCGCUUUCCCCCUCACCGACGGCCUGCCUCUGGAAGGUGUUGGGCCUUUCCGUGAGAAGAGAAAACACUUAAGGAUGGGAAGCAGGGAUGACAGGUGUCCUCUGUCUGAGUGUGGCCAGGGUAAGAGGAGAUACUUGGAAUUAAGAAUAUAGAAACAAUUUCUUGUUAACACAGGGGAAGAAACCCUCAAAUGGCGUAAAAGGGUUUGGCUCCAGCGGGAGCCCGUGCACCCUGUCCGCUCCAGCCUCGGCCCCCAGGCGGAGCGCGGGCAGCUGCGGGACUGACCCUUAGCGUGUGCGGGGACCUCGGUGACCCGGACCUGGGCGCGGCGGAGCCUCGGUAGUGAGACCUCUGGAGUCUGGGGCUCUGGGCGUGUGUGUGUCUCAUGAAGGACCAGGGCUUUUGUUCUUAAGCCAUUUCUGAUAGAAAUAUUUUCACCGUGUGUGCUUUCCCUCCUGAGUCUGCAAACCUCUAGCAUUCGGAGUAUAAGCUGAAACUCCGUUUGGGGUACGUCUGCUCUCGGCCCCUAACAGAGUCGAGGCCUUGCAGGCGCCUGUAUUAUGGGGCCCAGGCUCCCGCCAAGCGAAUCCCUCCAGGCUUGGCAGGGUGGGGGGGGGGUUGGAUUCUUCCCCACUUUGCACCACUGUCUACCGAUGUCAUUUCACAGCCCUUUCUGCUCUGACCGCACCUAAAGCAGCCCCUCUCUGCAUGCAGCUUACAUCCGUGCCGCCCGUCUCCGCGGGGCCUGCCGGUUCAGAGGGGCUUUGUGGGUUUUAAAUGGCUGGCGAAGUCCAAAGGAGAAGAUGUCUCUGCAUGUGGGACACGCCUGUGUCCGGAGCUGUGCUCGGGGCGAGCUCAGCCCGCUCAGUUACGUGUCACCACGCUGGCCCUGAGCAGGCGCUGCCGAGA